CCUCAAGACUCAGUACUCCGUCAUGCCCAAGGAAAUCCGAGACAUCAAGCAGUUCAUCGAGAUCGCGCGGCGGAAGGAUGCUUCCCAGGCCCGUAUCAAAAAAAUUGCCGCAAAAUCAGCAGCUGGGAAGGUCCAGACUAAAUUCAAAGUGCGGUGUUCACGAUACUUGUACACUCUUUCUGUGGACGACCCAGAGAAGGCUGAAAAGCUGAAGCAGAGCUUGCCCCCAGGCUUGAAUGUGGUAGAACUCGGCGCAACACCGAAGAAGAAGUGAAACCCUUCUUUCAUCUCACACUUUAGUAUGAUGCGUGCGUCGGAAUGGAGGGGCACCGAUCGACUUAUGCACCACGGUCCACCGACCUAUGAUGAAUAUGCAUGCAGGUCACAUGUACUUGUCUUAUUAUGAACAAAGACAGUUAGCUUUCACCUUGCUUGACUUAUACAGCCUUUGAUUCAUACAA